AUGAAAAUAGCUGUAGAAGGGUGCAUGCAUGGAGAUUUGGAUAAUGUAUAUGCUACUCUAUUACACCUGCAAGAAGUUGAAAAAAUCAAGAUUGAUCUUCUCAUUUGCUGUGGGGACUUUCAGGCCGUUCGAAAUGAGAACGAUUUGAACAGCCUAAAUGUGCCGUCCAAGUAUCGGACUAUGAAUUCCUUUUGGAAGUAUUACUCUGGGGAGAAAUCUGCACCAUUUCCAACGAUAUUCAUUGGUGGGAAUCACGAAGCAUCCAACUAUCUUUGGGAGUUAUACUAUGGUGGGUGGGUUGCGCCACAAAUUUUCUUUCUCGGAUUUGCAGGAGUUGUUAAGUUUGGAAAUGUUCGUAUUGGUGGGCUGUCUGGGAUUUAUAAAGCCAAUCACUAUCAUUCUGGACAUCAUGAGCAGCUACCUUACAAUGACCAACACAUCAGGUCCAUAUAUCAUGUUCGCGAGUAUGAUGUGCAAAAGCUUAUGCAAGUUCAGCAACCAAUAGAUAUUUUUCUUUCUCAUGAUUGGCCUCUUGGUAUUACUGAUUAUGGGAAUUCACAAGAUCUUGUACGCCGAAAACCUUUUUUUAAACAAGAGAUUGAAGAAAGAACAUUGGGAAGUCCUGCUGCAAGAGAUCUUAUGGCAAACUUGAGGCCUUCAUAUUGGUUUUCUGCACAUUUACAUUGCAAAUUUUCUGCUCUUGUCCAACAUGGAGAAAACGGCCCGGUUACGAAAUUUCUUGCCCUUGAUAAGUGCCUCCCUGGACGUAAAUUUUUGCAGGUUAUCGAAAUUGAAUCAGAAACAGGGCCUCACAGUCUCCAGUAUGAUGAAGAAUGGCUUGCAAUCACUAAGAAAUUUAAUCCAAUCUUCCCUCGGACUACAGCGCGGCCAAAUUUUAGUGAUGCUAACCUCAAUAUGGAAGAGUGCCUCCAGUUUGUGAAGAAUAAGCUGCAAGCACGAGGCAGCGAACCUUUUGAAUUUGUUAGAACUGCUCCCUGCCACAGAUCUUCUCAACCUGUGGCCAACAAUUUUCCUCCCGGGCAAAUUCGGAACCCUCAAACAGAAGCUCUAUUAGAGUUACUGGGCCUCCAGUAUUAUCUUGAUUAG